GACAAUGGGAGGCUGAGUUAAAUACUCUGGUGCAUUCUUCUUCCCAUCACUCUGAGCCUCUACAGGACAUCUCCAACCUCAGCAGAGAAAGGGGAAUCUACAUUGCCAAGAUGCCAGAGCAAGUACAAGAGCGAAAGUCGAAGAUCUCGGCCUCCCGUAAGCUCAUGCUAAAGAGCUUAAUGGUGGCCAAGGCGAAGGAGGAGAUUGAGCAGGAGAUUGUGGAUAAAGAGGAGGAGAAGGAGAGGUAUCUGGCAGAGAGAGCACCCACCUUACAGACCGGUGGCAUGUCCUUUGCUGAGCUCCAGGAGUUAUGUCGGGAGUUACAUGCCAAGGUUGACGUGGUGGAUGAGGAGCGAUAUGACAUUGAAGCCAAAGUCAUGCACAACACCAGAGAGAUCAAGGAUCUGAACAUCAAAGUUUUGGAUCUGAGGGGGAAGUUCAAGCGGCCCAGCCUGAGGAGGGUAAGGGUCUCUGCUGAUGCCAUCUUGCGCUCCCUCCUGGGCUCCAAACACAAGGUCUCCAUGGACCUUCGGGCAAACCUCAAGUCAGUCAAGAAGGAGGACACAGAGAAGGAGAAGACAGUGGAGGUGAGUGACUGGAGGAAGAACGUGGAGGCCAUGUCUGGCAUGGAGGGAAGGAAGAAGAUGUUUGACGCAGCCAAAGGCACCCCUCAGUAGACAGAGAGGAGAAUACUCUAAAUGUUUCCUUCAUUUCUAUUCAUCCUGAACAUUCAAAAUGUGUUAAUGGUUUAAAGUUUCGUUUCAGUGGCACUACAAUGCUUGUGUUUAUUGUUUAGCAAGGCUUACACAGUACGAGCUGCUACAAUCACAAUGUUCUGCUUCAUCCUCACUGUUAAUAUUGACCCGAGAAGAAAUUUUUAGAGUAGAUGAUAGUUCAUGCAAUUCCACUCAUUUUGACACGAGGCAGAUAAAUCAUUUUGCAGAUUUAAAGCUUAUUUGCUUGCCUGACACCUGAAUUUAAUUCCGCUUCAAUCGCGUCAUACAUUGUCUGAGACUAGAAGUCGAUUGGGCUGAUGCCAAAUUGAGGGGCGUUGUAGAAAACAAAUUCAUCAGCGAUUGGAUCAGCUCCAACCAAUCCGAGUAUCAACGUUGACAAGGUCAUCAUGCAGGGCAGUUUUGGCCCGACACUUUCUGGGACCAAUCAGAAUGGUCAGAAUGUGGUCGCAUUCUACAAGACGUCAGGGAGGAAAGUAAAUCUAGAUUCAUCGUGAAGAAGAAACACUAGUGGGUGUGACAUUUGGCCAGAGGGAUGUGGAUGGGUAGUCAGGCUACUACUGUGCUGCAAUUCUACACAUUUUGCCGUGGGGUGGAGACAACUUUUUGGUGAAUGUGAGAGCGACUGACAAAAUUAUAAACUGGUUACCAAUGUAAUUAGAGCAGUAAAAAUAAAAGUUUUGUCAUGUC